AUGGGACUUGCAGCUUUUAUCUACUUGACAGUGGUGGCCUGGGCUCUGUUUAAAGGGAAGUUCAGAGAAGGCAUUGAUAAACCAGAUCCUCCCACUUGGAAGACAAGGCUGCGUUGUGCUUUGAACAAGAGCAAUGAUUUUGAAGAACUGGUUGAAAGAAGCCAACUGGACAUAUCGGAUCCAUAUAAAGUAUAUAGAAUAGUGCCAGAAGGAGCAAAAAAAGGAUCGAAACAACUUAGCAUAGAAGAUCCACAGAUGAUUAUGAACAAUGCUUUCGCUCUGAAUUCAGCAUAUUCUUCACUACCGCCUCAGGUUCCAAACUACAUGGUACCUCAUGACCGUAACUGGAGGGAAUACGUACCAGAGCAGUCCCAUCCUGAUCUUUCGUACCAGUGUACAAGUGUCUCUUUUCCACCUCGUAAUCAUCACUGGCAAGGCCCGUCAUGUCAGAAUGUAGGUUGUCAAGUAACUGGGACUUUUUAUGCUUGUGCACCACCUGAGACGCAGACUUCUGGCAUCCCAAUAGAGGGAAGCAUCAGAUCUACUGAAGCUCUUCCCUUGUCAGAUUAUCGAUUGCACAUCUGUUUGUAUUAUCAUGAAACUCUUGUAAAAGAAGUCACAACUUCAAGUCCUGAGGGCUGUAGGAUAUCUCAUGGUCAUAGCUACGAAGUCACCGGCAUGGACCAAGUUAUGUUCCCUUAUCCAGAAGAUCAUAACCAGAGGAAAACAACUGAAAAAUUGCUUUCUCUGGAAAGAGGAGUAAUACUCUGGAUGACCCACGAUGGCCUCUAUGCUAAGAGACUUUGUCAAAGCAGGAUAUAUUGGGAUGGGCCUCUGGCAUUCUGCAGUGACCGGCCUAACAAGCUGGAAAGAGAGCAGACGUGCAAGCUUUUUGAUACUCAGAAAUUUUUAUCAGAACUACAAAUAUUUGCCCACCAUGGGCGUCCAUUACCUAGAUUCCAGAUUGUAUUAUGUUUUGGAGAAGAGUUUCCUGAUCCACAAAGACAGAGAAAACAAAUUACAGCCCAUGUUGAACCAGUGUUUGCUAGGCAGCUGUACUACUUUGCACAGCAAAACACCGGACCUUUCCUGAGAGGCUACGAUAUAUCAGAACAGAUAACCACUUCAGAAGAUUAUCAUAGAUCCAUCCACCAUUCCUCUGUUCAGGAAUAAACACAGGAACACUGAAGUCUACAUUUUGGGAGGUAAACGGAAGGCAAAGUACUUUGGAUCACAGCUAAAGGAUGUGCACCAGUGCUUUGAAUUUUCCUGAGAAAUCAUCACCAACUGGAAAUGUACAUGGAAGGGAUACCGUCAAUGUAAGAAUCUAGAACCCUGAGUGAUCUGUGAGAAUACACAUGACUUUAGCCAUGUGAUCAUGGCUUUCUCUCUAUGCAUACAGUAAUAUGCUUAUUACUCCAGAGCUGAAGAAGUUUCUUGGAUGAAAAGCAAAACGUCUUCAUGGAAAAACCAGGAAGUCCAGUUGCCUCUUGAAAAAGCACCUUUGGGACAGUUCUCAGGAAGAUAAGCAAUGCUGUGUUAGUAUACUAGGGACAAUGCAGUCAUUUAUGCACUGUAUAGGAGGAAACUCAGGCUCACUGGUUCUUCUCAACUUCAGUCCUACAGCCUCAUUCCCAAUCUUUGAGAAAGUCUAACUGUAAUGAGUGAGUUCCUGUUAGCAAUGCCAUUUGAUUAACACGCUGAAUAUGGCUUGCUUUGUCUGACAAGUUGUACAAGGCUAAUCUGCAUUAUACAUCUCAACUGUAUUGCUGAAUUAAUUGGAUGAGAAAUGGUUAAGAGCGCUUUUCAUUCUUAGUGGUUUAAGUCUAGAAAAGUGAAGUUGAAAAAUUAAACGUGUACGUCGUUCCUCACCCCACCCCACCCCGUUCUAACCAGAAAGUUGGAAGGAAUGUAAAAACAUUUUAAUCAUGACUUGUGGGUGAUUCUGUGACAUAGGUGUUAUUGAAAUGGGCAAGACGAGUUGAAAUGAAACCUGGGAGUUCACCAAAUACCCAUCUAGAUCAGGACUGUCAAACUUGCAGCCUGCGGGCUGGAUGCGUCACGCUCUGGCCACACCCAUGCCCAGUUUAGC